ACCUGCUCUCUUGUGGCCACCUGGGGGUUGCAAUCCUCUCAUCCUGCACCUCUCCAUGGGAUAUGUUCCUUCCCCCAGCCAUUUCCCUCACUCUAGAUGUUCUUGGCAUCAUGAGAUCUGCUGUCGGUGCAGCCAGGCUCUAGAGCUCGAAAUUAGACCCAGCCUCUAGGCGGCUAUGGAUGUUGAGAAUCCCUACAUAGCCGUCGAGAAUUACCUUGGUAUACCCCAGUGCCGUCCUCUGACCCUUGCCACAGAGCUAGAUGGACUUGAGAAAAUCAGCCUGCCCAUCUUGCGGUGUGCCGCUUUGCUGGAUGUAGAUAUUCAGGAUGAUCACAAGCACGAUUGGCAGGCCUACACGUCUAGGGGUGUAUACCGUCGUACAAAUGGUCUCGCACCUGCCCAACUUGACUAGCCCUGGUGUCAACCCUGAAUCAAUCGAUACCAUUGUCCAGGCGAUUGGUGGGUGUGCAUUUAGUAACCCUGAGGCAGGCGUUCGUGCAAUUCGUGUGCGCAAGUACUCCUCACACAUAGGGGCCUUCGACAGGUAGCAUUUCUAUAUCAUUUCUCUCCUUAUUUUCUACUCCCAAUUCCUGUUCAGAACAUCAAUAGCGCGAGCAUUCGAUAUAGUCCCAGUACCGUCAGUAAAUAAGUCAUGUAUAUAAGAUAUGCGAACAUCAUCAAAAUGAUCAGUCGCCUACGCUAUCAUGUAUAUGAGGGUCAUGAUGUAUUUGUACGCAACAAGCAGUGAAAAUUUUGAAAUGCCAGGAUUGUUCUUUGUCAAGAGGUGAGGUAGGUUGUUCAGAC